CCCUGCGUGAAUCGGCCGCGUGCUCGCGCUUUAACAAGUCAUGCAGAAUAAAUUCGUCGCCUGCAGAGCAGUGCCAAAAGAAGCAGGAUACGGAUCCGGAAUGGAAGAGUAGCUGAUACAUACACCUGACCCGUGCGUGUCAUGGGGAACUGCUGGACACAAUGUUUUGGGCUUUUUAGAAGGGAAGCAAAAAGGAUACAAAGAGGAGGAGGGUCAAAAUACUUCAAAAGCAGCACAGCUGGGGAACACUACACCAUUGAGUUUGAGAACCUUGUUGAGAGCGAUGAGGGUGAGAGCUCACAAAGCUGCUCCAGACCCAUCAGUGAAGAGGAGAUCAGUCACUUGAAGGAGCAGCGCUAUGCUGCCAUCUCAGACAAACAGGCGCUGAUCGAUGAAAAGCUGAAUGCAGAGUUAUUGGCAGAAGAGAAGUUAAGGCUAGAAGAGGAGGCUGUUUUUACAGCUCAGCACGAGGCAGCACGGCUCGCUAUGGAACGAAAGCUAAAGGAGGGGAAGCAGCAGCAGCCGCAGAGGACCAAACCCAGAUCAGACCCAAAGAGCAGUGACCCUCAGCACAAAACGUUGUCAAAUGCAGAGUUCGAGGUGUACCUGCAGAGUGUGAAGGCUCAAUCUGAAGCCUUUCGCUGUAACAGACUCAGCUUUGAAACGAAUGUGGUGACCCCGAACACAGAGAGCAGCUGGGACUUCACCAGUAAGACUGACGCCACCUCACUGGACCUGGAAUGGGAGGAUGAGGAGGGUGAGUGA